GACUUCGAGGAGCAGUCGGUGGAGGACUGGUUGGCCCGCAUCGGCCUCUCAGAGUACGGCCAACUCCUGAUAGUCAACGGCUUUGAUAACGUGCUAUACAUGGGCUGUAACGCUAUGGACGACACGGAUCUACUAGAGAUAGGUGUGACAAACGCGUCGCACCGAGAUCGUAUACUUGGCGUGGCUAAACAUUUGCCCAGGGUUAAACCGUUGAGCAAAAAUCACGAUGAUCUAACAGUAGACCAAUGGCUGGACAGUUUGCGACUGUCUGAGUACAGGCACUCGUUUGCCAGCAAUGGUUAUACCGAAAUGACCAGGGUCAGGGACUUGUGGGAGGUUGAGUUAAACACGGUGCUAGAGAUCGGCAAACUUGGUCAUAGGAAACGCAUAUUAGCCUCACUGGGCGAACGACUCAGGCUGAUGGACGAUCUUGGCCUAAAUGAUCUCGAUUUUGACAAAUUGAAUCUCAAUAUAAGCCAACUGUCCGUCGAUGAAGGCCUGGACACGUGUUCUACCUUAACGUCCGCACCAAUUGAGUCAUCGGACAAACGGCCGAAAGCAGAUUCCGGGGCCACAACAGGGGCCGAGUCGGGCGCCGCUAUCCAAUGGAAACACCAGAACCGGGAACUGAUAGACAGUUCGUGCAAAUACACGGCCAACUACUUGGGCUCCACACUUGUCCGUGAGCUCCGGGGAAUUGACUCGACUCGAGCCUCCAUACAAAAGCUCAAACUUAGCACUAAAAACAUUGGGAAAAUACCGCAAAUAAUGCUGUCUAUCAGCUAUAAAGGCGUUCAGUUUAUUGAUGCUGAAACACAGGUGAUGGUAUGCGAGCACUCCAUACGUAACAUACAGUGUAUUUGUCAGGACAGCGAAGAUCUCAAUCAUUUUGCUUAUAUAACCAAAGAGUUGGAGACAAACAAUCAUUAUUGUCAUGUGUUUUCAUCAAACAAUACGGUUUGUCUGUUAUUCAUGUAAUUUUUAUAUACGUAUAAUAGUUACAUCAUUAAAAAUGAACCCUUAUUAUAUUGUUAUAAAUUAUAAUUUAUUUAUGUAAAUUUACAUUAACACUGAUCAA